AUGUCGGUCGUUGUUUCGAUUGUUAACUAUCUCCGAACUAGAAAACUAAAACACCGCUUAUUCAAAUUAUUUCUGGAAGAAGUUGAUGCAGAAUAUGGCGACGUAGUGUAUCAUACCGACGUAAGAUGGCUAGGUCGCGCAAAUGUGCUAAAACGGUUCAUUUCUCUGAAAACUGAGAUAACAACAUUUUUGAAAACAGAGUACAAAGUAUUUUCCGAGUUAAACGACUCUUCUUGGAAUGAAGAUUUAUUUUUUCUUGGCGACAUUACUUCACAUUUAAACGACCUGAAUAUCCAGCUUCAAGGAAAAAGAAAACUGAUCUUCGAUUUUCUUGCUGCGGUAAUCAGUUUCAAAGCAAAGUUAAGACUUUUCAAAAGUCAAUUUUUAAAAGGAAUGUUGAUACAUUUUCCUAUCUGCUCACAGCAUAUUUCGCCAGAGAGACAAUUAGCAGCAGGAAUCAAAUACGCUGAACACAUCGAACUCCUCAAUGAAGAAUUUAACAACAGACUCAGUCUUUCCAGUGGAGAAGAACUACAUCUAAAAAUUAUUGAAAACCCUUUUUCAAUCGAUCCAGCAGAAGCACCUCCACGUUUACAAAUGGAACUUAUCGAUUUGCAGGCUUCAUCUGCAUACAAAAGUAAACAUGCAGAAAGCAGGUUGCAAGACUUUUACAAGUGCUUGAACAAAGAAAGCUUCAAAAAUUUACUUACUUUGGCAAAGCAAAUUUUCAGCUUAUUUGGGAGCGCUUAUAUAUGUGAACAAACGUUCUCAGUUAUGAACUUCAACAAAAACAAACAACGUUCCUCUAUUACUGAUGGACAUCUGGAAGAUAUAUUAAAAAUAUCUUGUUCCAGUAUCGUGCCGGAUUAUGCUGAGCUUGUUGCAAACAAGAGGUGUAACAUUUCACAUUAA